UCUCAGGAGGAGCUCGGAGCUCAGCAGCAGCCUGGCUGUCCCCGGCUCCACUGACAGGGCAGACUCCACACCUAAUCUCCAACUGGCCUCUGUCCAGGAAAGUGCCUUUAGCCCAGGAGCAUGUCCGAUUCGGAUGAUCUGAGUGAGUUUGGAUUUAUCGUUGACAGGAUCUCCAGAGGCGAGGUUCCCAUUAAAAACAUCGAGCGGGAACUGAUCUGCCCGUGCUGUAAGGAGCUCUUCACCCACCCCCUGAUCCUGCCCUGCCAGCACAGCGUCUGCCACAAAUGCGCCAAAGAGUUGCUGCUGUCCCGGGACGAUGCGGUUUCCGAGCUGGACUCGGAGUUCUCCAACCCGGCCACUCCGGUCAGUAGCCCCCGGAUCCGCCGCCUCUCCUCGGCCAGUGUCGAGAGGCUCGAUAGGCUCACCCGGACAGGAUCUGCUGCCCAUCCAGGCUGGAAACGAACCAUCCACAGUCAAGGAAUCACCACCUUCCCCUGUCCUAGCUGCAAAUAUGACAUAGAUCUUGGAGAACGUGGCCUUAGUGGUCUGUUCCGAAACUUCACCUUGGAAACAAUUGUGGAAAGAUACAGACAGGCCGCUAGAGCAGCGGUGGCAAUCAUGUGCAAUCUCUGCAAGCCCCCACCUCAGGAGGCCACAAAAAGCUGCAUGGACUGCAAGGCGAGUUACUGCAAUGAGUGUUUCAAACUACAUCAUCCUUGGGGGACUCCAAAGGCCCAGCAUGAAUAUGUAGGACCAACAACCAACUUCCGACCUAAGAUUCUGAUGUGUCCUGAGCAUGAUAUGGAGAAAGUUACCAUGUAUUGUGAGGUAUGCAGACGGCCCGUGUGCCACCUCUGUAAACUGGGCGGAUCACAUGCUAACCACAAAGUAACCUCUAUGAGCAGCGCCUACAAAGCCCUGAAGGAGAAGCUAUCCAAGAGUAUCGGUUACCUCAUCAGCAAAGAGGACCAAGUGAAAACUCAGAUCUUACAACUGGAGCACAUGAUUGAACAGACAGAGAGCAAUGGAGAAAAGGCAAAAAGAGAAGCCACUGAUUUGAUUGAUGGACUGUGUGCCAUCCUGGAACAACGCAAAAUGAAAUUCAUCAAGUCAAUCGAGGACAGUCGUUCAUCAAAACUGGAGAAACUACAAAACCAAAUGGAUGAAUAUCAGGGGAUGCUGGAAAACAGUGGCCUGGUCGGAUAUGCCCAAGAAGUACUGAAGGAAACAGACCAAUCUUGCUUUGUGCAGACAGCAAAGCAACUACACGUUAGGAUCCGAAUGGCCACUGAAUCCCUGAAGACAUUCCAGCCAGCUGCAGAACCUUCCUUCACAGAAUUCAGUCUGGAUGUUUCCCGAGAGGAGGAACUCCUUAAAGAACUGUCAUUCACAAAUGUUCCAGAUGCACCAGUUAUCGACCUGACACAAAGCCGACUGUAUGAUGACGGAAUCAUCUGCUGGCAACAGCCCAACGGUGCUCUUCCUGUUGACCACUACAAGCUUGAGUAUAGGAGGCUUGACCAAGAUGGCGACUGUGCCUGGGAGUCUACUGAAGACGUGUGCAGCACAAGUAAAGUCAUUUCAAAUCUUGACACCAAUAUGAGCUACAUCUUCAGAGUGAAGGGGUGCAAGAAUUCCAUCUACAGUGAUUACAGCAAGGAGGUCCUUUUCCAUACGCCGCCUGCUCCAGUUUUAAGGUUUUUGUUUGAUGAGAAGUGUGGCUACAACAGUGAUCACCUGAUCUUAAACAAACAGAGAGACUCUGUGGAGAGUGUCGCUGGGCUCCCCAUGUUGCUCAGUGCAGAACGGAUUGUGGUUGGAAGUUAUAUGUCUCUCAACUUCAUCACCGGAGACACAGGAGUAACAAAAGGAAAAUACUACUGGGCUUUCCGCGUGGAGCUCUGCUCAUACCUGGUUAAAGUAGGUGUGGUGUCUGACACAAAGCUUCAAGAGUGGUUUCACAGUCCACCAGAUAUCAACAGUCCCAGGUAUGAUCAAGACAGUGGCCACGACAGCGGGAGUGAAGAUAUUGCUUUGGAACACUCCCAACCUUUCACUUUUGUUACCAUAGGGAUGAAGAGACUUUUCAUCCCGAAAGGUUCUGCCAGUUCAUCCACAGAAUCUUGCAAGCGCUCUGUAUCCACUCCCAGCCGGAUUGGCAUUUGCCUGGACUACGACAAAGGGAAAGUGAAUUUCUACAAUGCAGAUACUAUGCAGUGUUUGUAUGAAAGAAAGGUGGAAUGUUCUGGAACAAUGUAUCCUGCCUUUGGGCUCAUGGGAGGUGGGGCAGUACAUCUGGAUGAAUUAAUUACAUUGAAAGAAUCUACAAAACCUGGUUUCUUUCUUGAUUCUUGAUUGAUGGGAGGCAUUUUUCUCCAUAGAUUUAAAACCAGUAAAAAAGAAUAAUGUUUGCUUCCCUGUUCAUAGCACUUUAAGGCAUGCAUUGCUUGAAGAGCCUCUAUAACUGGUUCCACUUGGUUCUCGGUAGAGUUUGUGCAAUACACAGCCACUGAAUAGACAAUAGAAAGUGGUAGUGGAUGGUUGUGGCUGUCAGAUAUCUUCCUUUUAUCCUCCUUCACCUUGGCUUCACUUUGUUUUCAUACAAACUGGAUUGUUUAAAAUUAGUUGGAAAUGCACCUUUUCAAAGAAAUAAGACU